AUGUGAUUCUACACUCUCGGUUCUGUAUGGACUCGUUUCCCUUUACUAGAGGAGGAGAGUGUGAGAGGGGUGGGCUUCAGCGACUGUAUUAUAACGACCGAAUCACUCUGAAUUAAGCGUAACUUCAUGGCCAAGGUAAACGCGGUAGACUUCCUGAACUUUUGACCAGUCGCCUCCAUCAGUAUUUCACUUGGCACCCGGCGUCUCCUCAGCGUGGGUUGAAGAGCACAAGUGUUCGGCUGCUGAAUGUAGGCCAAAUGAACAAAAGCGCAAUAACUGAUGACAUGGAAAUGCAGCAUGAUCCAGAUUUGCAGUUUAAACUGGCUUAUCCAGAUUCAGAAAGUAUCAACACGGGCAUUAAAACCCGAGUGAGAGGCCAGUGGUCCAGCAAAGUGGAGUUUAUCUUAGCUGUUGCUGGCCAGAUCAUUGGUUUGGGAAAUGUGUGGAGAUUUCCAUAUCUGUGUUACAAGAAUGGAGGAGGAGUGUUUUUCAUUCCAUAUGUGGUCUUUCUGUUUGCCUGCGGCAUUCCUCUUUUUCUUAUGGAGACUGCUUUGGGUCAGUACACCAGCCAAGGGUCUGUUACCUGUUGGAGGAAGAUCUGCCCACUAUUUGAAGGUCUGGGUUAUGGGAGUCAGGUGGUUGUCUUCUAUUCCAGUGCCUACUACAUCGUCAUUUUGGCCUGGGCUUUCUUCUAUCUCUUCUCUUCUUUUAGUGGUGAACUACCAUGGGCUAGCUGCAGGAACUGGUGGAAUUCAGAGAACUGUGUUGAGUUUGACCAAAUUGGAGGAACAAGAAACCUGAGCGUGAUGGAAAAUGCAUCAUCGCCUGUUAAAGAGUUUUGGGAGAGGCGAGUAUUGAAUAUAACUGGAAGUGUGAAUGAGCUGGGCAGUUUGAGAUGGGAGCUGGCUCUGUGUCUCCUGCUGUCCUGGAUCAUUUGCUACUUCUGUGUGUGGAAAGGAGUGAAGUCCACAGGCAAGGUUGUGUAUUUCACUGCUACAUUUCCAUAUGUUAUGCUGCUGGUGCUUCUGAUUCGAGGUGUUACGUUGCCUGGAGCCAUCGAUGGCAUCAAAUUCUACCUUUACCCAAACCCAGCACGACUUACAGACCCACAAGUAUGGAUGGAUGCCGGAACACAAAUAUUUUACUCUUACGCUCUCUGCAUUGGGUGCCUUACAGCUUUGGGAAGCUACAAUAAAUACAACAACAACUGCUACAAAGAUUGUAUUUACCUGUGCCUCCUGAACAGCGGAACCAGUUUUGUAGCUGGCUUUGCUAUCUUUUCAGUUUUGGGCUUCAUGGCUUUCGAAGAGGGGGUCGAUAUCUCAAUGGUAGCAGAGUCAGGUCCUGGUUUGGCCUUCAUUGCAUAUCCACGAGCUGUAGCUAUGAUGCCUCUGUCUCAGCUGUGGUCCAUAUGUUUCUUCCUCAUGAUUAUUCUGCUGGGGCUUGACAGUGAGUUUGUGGGUUUGGAAUCUCUCAUGACAGCCAUAACAGAUAUGAACUCCGACUUCUUCCUCCAAGGACAUCGUCGUAAACUCUUCCUCCUCCUCAUUUGUGUGGGCUGCUUCCUCAUUGGCCUCCUGAUGGUAACCGAGGGUGGCCUAUAUAUCUUCCAAUUAUUUGAUUACUAUUGCUGCAGUGGAAUGACCCUCCUUCUAUUUGCCAUUGCACAGUCAAUAUGUAUUGGCUGGUUUUAUGGUGCUGAUCGUCUGUAUGAAAAUAUUGUAGACAUGAUCGGUUAUCGUCCUUUGACACUAAUGAAAUACAGUUGGAAAUAUAUCACUCCUAUUGUGUGUAUAGGCACAUUUGUCUUCUCUUUGGUCAAAUUCACUCCUCUAAAGUUUAACAACACAUUUGAAUACCCAUGGUGGGGUUAUGCUGUUGGCUGGUGGUUCACCCUCUCCUCUACAUUGAUGGUUCCCAUGUGGAUGAUCUAUGUCAUCCUUAUCACUCCUGGAACACUGAAACAGAGACUGCGUGUCCUUUGCACUCCAGCAAGCGAUCUGCCUUUGACAUCAGAAAGAUGAAAAGAAACCCUGUGACCCCAACAGACAGUACAACAUGUCCCAUGACUGAUAGAGAAACACUGGGGGAAAGAAACAUCCUUGGGCUGUAUUUUGAACAACUUUUGAUAUCAGUAAUGCAUUUGAAGAUACACAUUCUCAUGAGAUCUUAAGAAGGCACAAACUGUACUUUACUGUUUUAUAAGCUAUAGAAUUUUACUAUCUUAGAUCCUCAAAUGCAAGCGUCUAAAUGUGGAAUUAAACUGGAAAUGAAAAAUAAGCUCAAAUUCCACGUUCAGUUGUAUCUGAGGAAAACUCAGUUUGACGUCAUGCUUAAGUGCGAUAGCGUCAGCAACUUACUGUAUCAUAAACAUUCACAAGAUAUCAGUUCUUCUGAAGAUAGCAACCCCCCCCCCCCAAAAAAAACAGUUUAUUAUCAUGAGGGAGUGGACCAGCCCCAUUUUGGAUGGACCAAUGUUCAUUACAGUUGGUAUAUGAUUAGAAAAUGUUGGAUGAUGUGUUAGAGAGACUAACUAGAGCAGCUCGCUAUAACAGACUUUAUGCCUUGUAAAAGAACUACAAGGCACGUUUGGUUCAUUUCAAUCACAAUUUGUAACAGUCUUUUUAUGGGUCAAUCAUGCAACACUGUUGCAAACAUGCUGUUUUGUUCCCAUAGUUAAGUGCUGGUGUUUUCAGAAAGUGUUACAGAAUGUAAAUUAUGUUGGGGGUUAUUAUAUUACAAAUAUUACAACAUUUGUUAUAGAUUAAAGAGAAAGGUUCCAUCAAGAAAAUGGAUCCAUAUUUUGUUACUUAAAUCUGCUUAGAUGUACAGUCUGUAUUCUAUAUUCUACAAUGUUUUUAGUCAAAUGUGUAAUUUAAGGGAAUAUCUGUAGGUCAUUUAAGCUUAUGUACAUUUUUACAACUGAUGCUCUAGACAGGCCAGUGGUUAAUGUUCUAAUAAAUGCUCUGUUCAAAUCAACAGUCAAAUGACUGAAAAUGAUUGCUGGUUGAAAUAUGUUAUUGACAGCAGCUUGUUUUUGCGUUAAAGAUUGUUCUGAAGCAUCUAAGCAAAUAUUAAACAACUAGGUGAAAGGUGAAAGCAGGUUGAAUUUUGAAUUGUUGGGUUAAAGUUGUUAGAGAAGAAUAACGUUAGACACGAUUGCUGUCAGACAUCACAGACUGCCAGUACUGCUGUUUUACUGACGUGUGGUAAUGUGAUUUAUUAAUGUCAGUUAUUAACAUUGUAGUUGGCAUAAUGACAGUCAGUGAAAAUCCUACAUUUGUACUGCCACUUCAUUUGCAUGACCAUAGGAGAUUAAAGUUAUAUGCAAGUUAACGGGGAAAACUAAAUCUAUAUCAUGAUAGUGGUGAAUGGUAGAGUUUAAGUAAGUUUGAAAGUUUCUAUCAUUUUCAAGAAUGAAAAGCCGGAGAUGGUGCUCUUAUAAACAGCUAUAUAACAACUGGGUUAAAGGUUUAAGGCCUCCAUUUGCAAAUAGACACUCUGGCCAAAAAAGGCCACCCAAGCACUGUUUGGCAGAGGAUGAAAGAGCAGAAUGUUUGCACUGCUAAACAUUGUUUUCCGGGAAAUAUAGAGGGGAAUGGAUUUCUUGUGAUUUGAAUUUGUAAAGUGGGCCAAAUACAAUGUAGAUUCAUUUGUGAAUUAUGCCUGUACACAUUUUGUUGCUCUUACAUGCACACAGUUUGGUUUCUAUAGCAGAAUAGUAUAUGAGUAAUAAAAUGCCAAUGUGAUUAAAUAAACAGAAAAUUUCUACACUG